AUGGAUACCGCCAGACAUCAGUCAAAUUUGCGCUAGAGCAACUGCACCAUUGACCCAGUGUUCAGAAACAGGAUUUCUUUAUUUGACACUCCUUGCUCAACUGUACGGCCAUUCAGUAGAUGAUAAACCAUACUCUGGAAGGAACCCGUAUGCUGAUCCAAUUUCUGACAUUGAAACCACGGAAGAAUCUACGGAAGAGCCAUUUGAGUCAAAGUUGUUGAAUUUGAAUGCAAUAACUUUACCACCUCCUUUAAAACCUGUCUUGCAAAACAGUAAAGCUAAAACUUGCGUUCCACAUGCGAUUCACGUAAAAGUGGCGGUUGGAAAAGGAAAAAAGAAGAUAAGGAAAAAAAGACCACAACUGGUUGUGGUACCAGAAGACCCACCAUCAUCACCAGGAGAAUAUGACUUCAUUAUAGUCGGUGCUGGCUCGGCAGGGUGCGUACUGGCUAACCGCUUGUCCGAAAUUAAAAAUUGGAAGAUUCUUCUCCUGGAAGCGGGCCCCGAAGAACCGAAUGUGACUAGCGUUCCAGCGCUAUCACCGGUUCUGACAUCUUCCAGUAUCGAUUGGGGCUACAAUACGCAACCAGAUGAGCUUUCAUGUCGGGGGCGGAAGGGACACACAUGCCAUUGGGCUAGGGGGAAAACCAUGGGUGGCUCUAGUGCGGUAAACUACAUGGUGUACAUGAGGGGCAACAAAGCUGAUUACGACGGAUGGGCCGCUGCUGGCAACCCCGGCUGGAGCUAUCGGGAGGUGCUGCCGUAUUUCAAGAAAGCAGAGAACAAUAGAAAUCUUGAAGCAUACGACAAAAAGUAUCAUUCUGAAGGCGGACCCCUGAAUGUAGAAAGGUUUCCACAUAUAGACAAUAACGUUUUAAUGUUAGUCCAAGCAUUCAGAGAAAGAGGUGUUCCGGUCACAGAUUUUAAUGGAGAAAACCAACUUGGAACAGAUAUAGCUCAAUCGACUUCACUGCAUGGACAAAGACUGUCCGUAAAUGCAGCCUAUAUCAGGCCAAUACGCCAUAUUAGGUCUAAUUUAAAAAUAGUUACUAAAGCGUAUGUAACUAAAAUUAUUAUAAAUCCGGUUACUAAAACUGCUGUAGGAGUAGAGUACAACAAAGAUGGAGUGAUGUUAACUGCAUAUGCUUCUAAAGAAGUUAUAUCAAGUGCAGGUACGAUAAAUUCUCCAAAGUUACUUAUGCUGUCUGGUGUAGGACCCAUAGAGCAUUUAGCGAAACAUAAUAUAACAGUUUUAUCAAAUCGUUCAGUUGGCCAUAACCUACAAGACCAUGUAACGACUAAUGCAUUGCUUAUUGCGCUUACCAACAACACUGCGGUUGAUGGCCCACAGUUACUGAAUAACAUUUAUGAUUAUUAUAAUCAACCACCUCACAAGAAUGGUUCUUUGGCUUCUACAAGUACUAUAAACGCAGUUGCCUUUAUUAAGACAAAUAUAUCAAAACAAGAUUUACCUGAUAUUCAGUUUCACUUUGAUGGGAGAAAUAUCGAAGAAUUAUAUGCUGAUCCUCCGUCAUCGAUAGCUAGUAAUAUAUUCCCUUUGGCGUAUUAUACUGGCUUGUCAGUGAAACCUUUGUUAUUGGCUCCUAAAAGUAGAGGGUACAUAAUGCUUAACCACACUGACCCUGUUUAUGGUCCUCCGCUAAUAUAUCCUAGAUUCUUUACUGAACAAGAAGACUUAGAAGUUUUAAUAUCUGGAAUAAAAUACGCUACCACUCUAGAAGAUACCCCAGCGUUUAUAGAAAAUGGUGCUUAUUUUGUAAAGGUACCUAUAUCAGGAUGUGAAAAUUUUAAUUGGGGCACUAAUGAAUAUUUCUCUUGCUUACUGACACACUAUACGACUACUAUAUUUCACCCGGCUGGCACUUGUAAAAUGGGCCCUAGCUCGGAUACAGAGGCUGUAGUUGACGCAAAGCUAAGAGUGUAUGGCAUUAAUAAGUUAAGGGUGGUAGAUUGUUCAAUUAUGCCGCAGAUUAUUAGAGGAAACUUAAAUGCCCCUACGAUAAUGAUCGCUGAAAAGGCCGCUGACUUAAUCAAGGAGGAAUAUUGUUAA